AUGAGUGCACAAUCUGGCAGGACGACUGCCACAUCGACCCACGGGAGCAAGGGAAGCAAUGCAGGACAGACACUGGUCAGGGCACCAGUCCAUCCCGUGCCACAACUACAAAAGCCCUUUGAAGAGUCUAUGUUGGAGUCACUAAACGAUCUGUUAGAUCAAGAUGUCCCCCUCGAUGCAAUGACCCGACGCACCAUGCUUCUCGAAGCACCAACCUACGACCGGGUAAUCGCAGGAAGAUGGAAGCAGAAACCCGGCGAAAAAUACCACCCUCUCUGGAAGCUGAUCGCUCAGAUGUCCUUUGGAAUGCACCUAUUAGCAGAAAACAUGGCCUUAUCAGAAGAGGAGGUGAUGCGGAUACUGCAAAGCCACGUGGAUGAUAUCGACGGUUUCCUCGAGCGAACUACCGAAGACCUUGAACUUGCGCAGAGCGACAUCCACGAAAGGCUGCGUUGCCUCAAACUCCCACUAGCCCAUGGUGAAGUCUUCGACCGCAUGUUGGAGGAUCGUACAUUUCGAGCAUCAAUUCUGGACGGCAAUGAAAAGAUAGACCACGUGAUCACCCGAACAAAACGGUCGGCAAAAGAUGCAUUGAAAGAUGUCCAGAAAGGAUUCGAUGCAACAAAUACACUGGAGAAAUACUUGGCCAAAUUGCAGACGACGUGGCAAAGGCAAAGUCCCGAACACGAAGCAGUGCUAGUAGCGAUGCUGGGGAAUGCCGAAGGGUGGCGUCGUGCUUUCCUAGAACUCCAUCUAGAAGGAAAUAAACUGGCAGGCACUUUGAAAAAGUUGGGCGAGGUUGUGGCUGAGAUGCAGCGAAGAGCCGCUGCGGUCAGCCGAAACAUUAUCGCAAGACAACAACGCUCAAAACAAUCAACAUCUCACAGAUCUGUCAUGCUGUCACAGUCAGGUUCAGUGGUGGACCACAAACCCCUGCCCACUGAGCCUGGUCAAGUGAAAUCCACUAGAACAUCGUCUCGGAGCACAAAUGCCACCACCUUUUCCAGCAGACCAGGAAGCGGUAACAAAUCCAGUCAGGGAUUAUCUAGCGGUCAGUCUCCCGAGUCGAAGCGGAAUGCCAGCACAGACAUGACAUACCAAUCCAUUUCCUACCAAGCGAAGGCCUUGGAUCAAUCUCGAUCACACCCAUCAGCGGAUCAGACUCAGAUGACUGGUGGGCUGUUGAUCCACCCAGAUGGCGAACACCCGAUCGAGUUGCCUGCUGAUGUACCAGAGGAAGUGUUACGACAGGCGCCGGUGUCAGUCAAGAAUCGUAUGAGCAUGACAUUGGGACUCGCGGUGAAGGACAAAUCAGAACACCGUAUAUCCAGUGUCUACUUUCCGAGGGCACUCGGAGAACUACUGAAAUCACCUGGAACUUCACAAAUGCUAUUGACACCACAAGCAAACACGGCUAGCAAAGGAACACCUCUAAGUGCUGUUAUCACGUCGCCUUCUUAUAUGUUGGAAGCCCAAGCAGAUUACUUUGGAACCAGUGAGAAUACUCCAACGUUUGGCAAGGCUCAAUCGCAGAACCAGCACGGGUUAGUUUCGAGUCCAAUUCUACCAGCAGCAGCUCGAGGAUCGGUCCGUGCAUCAAUCAUUGAGCCUGGGACUAGGACCCGGAGCUCCUCAAUCCCCAAUCCAGCAUUUACCUCACAUCCUGCGGUCAUGGCCAUGGCAACGCCGCCUACAGAGCUACCAGUACCUUUAUCACCACAUGAACCCUUGCAGACCUCAGAUUCAGGUAAACCUUCUGCACCAUCGAGCAUUGCAACGCCUUCGAGCAUCGGAGAGCCUGGCCCUGCAAUGGGUGAGACGGAUACAUUGCGAUCGGCAUCGGUAUCGGAACCUAGGAUUCUAGUUGAAGACUCGGAAAUCACGGUCGCAUUGAUUCCUGCUUCUGCGGAAGAAGAGACAUUCUCGGCAGCAGAAGCCAAGAAGGCGGAGCUCACACAAAAGGCUGUAGCAAGUCAACUCGGAAUGCGGCAUCAGAGCUCCCAGGAAGUCAUCUCUCCCCAACAAGAAGAGUCAUCUAGAAACCUAGAACAGGUUCCAGAGGUGCCUACGAGUGCACCUCCACCUCCACCUGAGGCUGCUGUGACCGAGACUGCUGUGACGCGGCAGGCACCUGUACAGGACGAGCAAGUAGAUAUCAUCAUCCACAUAAGCGAAAGUGAUCGCCCCAAGGAACAAUUCUUUGCAGAACUUGAAGCCACAGUACCGACGCCAAAGCAAUCGAAUCAAGACUUCGGCCCGGUGGAAUUGGAAGCACCAGAUCUAUCAUUCAGGCUACCUCCACGGCAGCUUGCAUCGUCCAGCAACCCAGACAAAGAAAUCCCGCGAGCUAGCAUUCGUCAGCUCGACGACUUUUUCAAGCUGCCUCCCAGACCUAUGGCAUCAUCCAGCAGUCUGGGUAAGGAAACCGUUCGCGCCAGUACUGGUCAAUUCGAUACGUCUUUUAAGCUACCUCCACGACCUUUUGCAUCGUCUAGUGAUGAUAAGAAAAUCCCUCGAGCGAGCACUGGUCAAUUCAAUGACUCUUUCAAGCUACCUCCCCGACCAAACGCAUUGUCCAACGGCUCAGAAAAGGGCAACGCUCGGGCGAGUACUGGUCAAUUCAACGAUUCUUUUAAACUGCCACCCCGGCCGGCUGAGUCCUCGAGCAAUGUGAAUCAGAUAGUCCCUCCAAGCAAGACUGGGCAGCUUGUUGAGUUCUUCAAAUUGCCGACUGAACGAACAAUCAAACCCGGAAUGAAACCCAAGGAUUUUGGAGAUCGGCGGAACCAGGAGCCGAUCAGGCCACUGAAAUUGGAACUAACAAAGAAGAACGGCAAGAUGGUGCCAGUGGCGACGUCGAGCCCUGCGGGUAUGAAAGCGCGGGAAAGUCCUGGCCCAUCUAAACUGAGAAUGGAUGUUGUGGCGGACAUUAUUGAGACCAUGUCUAACACCCCUCCCGGAUCACCGAUCCACGACAGCAAUCGAUCAUCCUCAGCAUCCUCCAAUUCUGCACAACGCUGGUCUCACCGUUCGACACGCUCGCUAGGCCCGCCAGAACAGGCACCAGCACCACCAGGCCCUGGAGGACGAUCGAUGGUCAACCCAGACUUCGCAGCGGCGGGACAAUUCGAAGGUGAACGCAAGCAGAAGCGCGGCUCGAAGAAAAAGAGCAGUGGGUUCGUGAACAUCAACAAGGAGAAAUGGAAGAACCUGUUUCUUAAUAACGGCAGCAGCACGAAUGCCAGCUCGAGUUCUGGGGCAUCAACCGCGAAUACAUCGGACAAGACUCACAACAGCACGACGCGACCGAACUCGGAGGGCGUGCCGGCGGCGGAAAUGAUGACUGGGUCUGGAAAGGACGUAUUGUGGUUCAAGGGCGACUCGAAGAAGUCACUGGGGGUAUCUUCAGUGUGA